AACCAGGCUCCAGGCACACCCUAUACAGACACUGACACCAAAGCUCAGCUCUGAGAGAAGGAGGGAGAAGACUGUUUAUUUCAGUAGCCCCAGCUUGCAUUGACCAACAGAACUUACACCUUGCAAUGGCAGAAGGCUUUUGUGGGGAGAUUCUUGACAACAUGAGCAAGGAGACAAAUCAUGGUUAUGGAAACCAAGAUCUCAUGGAAACACAAGUGAGACUUGUCCUGGUGGGGAAAACAGGAGCUGGGAAAAGUGCAACAGGAAACAGCAUCCUUGGAAAACGAGUAUUUGAGUCAAAAUUAGCAGCAAAGUCAGUAACCAAGAACUGUGUGAAAGCAAGUAGAUUGUGGAAAGAUAAAGAGAUCAUAGUAGUAGAUACUCCUGGAAUUUUUGAUACUGAUGUAUGUGAUGAAGAUACUUCAAAGGAGAUUAGCCGCUGCCUCAUGAUGUCCUCCCCUGGGCCUCAUGCCAUCCUCCUAGUGGUCCCACUUAGUCGAUACACCAAGGAGGAAAAAGAUGCAUUAAACAAAAUCCUGGGAAUAUUUGGUUCAAGAGCCAAGAAAUUUAUGAUUCUUUUAUUUACUCGGAAGGACGAUUUGGAAGAUACUGAUUUGAAUCAAUACCUAUGUGAAACUAAGGAUAAAGAUUUGAAAGCUCUGAAAGACCAGUUUGAUGGAAGAUGCUGUGCUUUCAACAACCGAGCAACUGGAAAUGAGCAGGAGGCCCAACUAACAGACCUUCUGAGUUUGAUUGAGCAAAUAAUGCAGAAGAAUGGAGGCUCUUGCUACACAAACCAGAUGUAUCAACUAACAGAAAAAAUGAUUCAGAAAGAAACUGAAGCACUACAAAAAGUCUACAUGCAAGAUCUGGAAAGACUGAAAAAGGAAAUAAGACAAGAAUAUGAAGAGGAAAUAAAAAACUUAAAGAAUGAAUUGGAGCAGAAAAAAAGAGAAGAAAAAAUGUAUAGGGAACUUGAAGAAAAAGAAAAAUUCUAUGCAGGAAAGCAAAGAGGUGCUAGAACUGAGGUUAUGAACCAAAAUCGGUUUGUGGAAAACAUAGUGCAAAUCUUGGGAAAGAUUCAGGAUAUCAUUAAAACUAUGUUUCAAGAAUAAAGAUCUUCAUAAAAUUAUUUUAUGUUUUUUACUACUUUUCCAGCUUCUCUCUCUGUUGGUUACUUAUGAAUCAUGAGGCAUCACGAGCCCAUCCUACCACUCAUGUCUUCAAGAAUAAAGGCAGUUGCAAACCUUUGGUUGUAAGAAUUAACUUAAUAUUUAAUAAAUAACAUUUUUGUCUGAAAAGAAA